AUGCAAUCAACCGCAAUAAUCCUCUCGUCCAGCCUCGUCCUGGUUCUAGGACUCCUCCUAUACCCCCUAUUUACGACCCUAAGCCCUGAGCCCCGAAAAGAAGGCUGAGCAGUAACUCACGUAAAAACAGCAGUAAGCACUGCGUUUAUAAUUAGCUUACUCCCCCUGCUCAUCUUUCUCGACCAGGGAACAGAGUCCAUCGUUACUAACUGACACUGAAUAAACACAACAACAUUCGACGUCAACAUUAGCUUUAAAUUCGACCACUACUCGCUAAUCUUUACCCCAGUAGCCCUUUACGUCACAUGAUCAAUCCUGGAAUUUGCCUCAUGAUACAUGCACGCAGACCCGAACAUAAACCGAUUCUUUAAGUAUCUCCUCCUAUUUUUAGUGGCAAUAAUUAUCCUAGUAACAGCUAACAAUAUAUUUCAACUAUUUAUUGGCUGAGAAGGCGUAGGAAUCAUGUCAUUCUUACUCAUCGGAUGAUGGCACGGCCGGGCAGACGCCAACACGGCAGCCCUCCAAGCCGUAAUUUACAACCGAGUAGGAGACGUUGGGCUAAUCAUAAGCAUAGCCUGAUUUGCUAUAAACCUUAACUCAUGAGAGAUACAGCAGAUCUUCUCCUCAUCCAAAGACAUAAACCUAACCCUGCCCCUCCUAGGACUAGUAUUAGCUGCCACGGGAAAAUCAGCCCAAUUCGGACUCCACCCCUGACUUCCCUCAGCCAUGGAGGGCCCUACCCCAGUAUCCGCCCUACUUCACUCAAGUACAAUGGUCGUAGCCGGAAUCUUUCUUCUAAUUCGACUUCAUCCACUAAUAUCCAACAACCAAACAGUCCUAACAACUUGCCUCUGCCUAGGAGCACUAACCACCCUUUUUACUGCCACCUGCGCCCUGACCCAGAAUGACAUCAAGAAGAUCGUUGCUUUUUCUACAUCUAGCCAACUAGGCCUGAUAAUAGUUACAAUUGGCCUCAACCAACCACAACUGGCCUUCCUCCACAUCUGCACCCACGCAUUUUUCAAAGCGAUGCUAUUCCUGUGCUCGGGCUCAAUCAUCCACAGCCUCAAUGAUGAACAGGACAUCCGAAAAAUAGGAGGCCUCCACAACCUUACCCCAUUUACCUCUUCCUGCCUAACAAUCGGGAGCCUAGCCCUAACAGGAACUCCUUUCCUAGCAGGCUUCUUCUCCAAAGAUGCCAUCAUUGAAGCCCUCAACACCUCCCAUCUCAACGCCUGAGCCCUAGUCCUAACACUUAUCGCCACCUCCUUCACAGCAAUUUACAGCUUCCGAGUAAUCUUCUUUGUUUCAAUAGGAACCCCACGGUUUCUCCCACUAUCUCCUAUCAACGAAAACAACCCAUCAGUCAUCAACCCAAUCAAACGACUAGCUUGAGGAAGCAUCAUCGCAGGAUUAAUCAUUACCUCGAACUUCUUGCCACACAAAACACCGGUCAUAACCAUGCCCAUAAUUCUCAAGCUAGCUGCCCUAGGGGUUACAAUUCUGGGCCUACUAACAGCCAUAGAACUCGCCUCCAUAACCAACAAACAGUUUAAAACCACCCCAAUUAUCCUCACCCACAAUUUCUCCAACAUGCUAGGAUACUUCCCAGCCGCAAUCCACCGACUUCUUCCAAAAAUUAACCUGACACUCGGACAGACCAUUGCCAGUCAAACAGUUGACCAGACUUGAUUUGAAGCAGCAGGCCCAAAAGGCCUAAGCGCUCUACAAGUUAAAAUAUCCGCCAUCACAAGUGAUACACAACGCGGAAUAAUUAAGACAUACCUAACCAUCUUCUUAAUCACCACAAGCUUAGCUGUCCUAACAGCCGCCAUCUAA